CUGACUGUGGCGGCUUGGAGUAGGUAGUUAGGUAAGGGAGGGAGAUCAAACUGCGCGCCAUGGGUUUCCCUUUACGCUUCUUAUCAUCAUUUUCGUUGUGCCUCUUGGCCCUCCUCCUCCACCGGGCCACGGUGACAAGUGGGUGUUUCAGCAUGGAGAGGGAGGCACUGUUGGACUUCAAAGCCGGCAUCCACGACACCCAUAACCGGCUAUCUUCUUGGACGGGCCACCACUGUUGCACAUGGAAGGGAGUGACCUGUGACACCACCACUGGCCACGUCGUCAUGCUCGACCUCCGGAAUACGUUUGAUCGGGCAUUACGCGCGGGAUCCGCAUACCGGAAUUCAUGGGAGGAAUACCUGGGAGGAAUACCUGCUCGGCUGGGGAACCUUUCGAGCCUCUACGUUCUUGAUCUAAGCGAUGCUUUAGAUUUUACAUCCCAUGUUGACAACCUCGACUGGCUCUCCCAUCUCAGGUCCUUGAAGUACCUGAACUUGAGCGGGUUAAACCUAACUGAUGUCCCGGAUUGGUUCUCAUCGGUGAACAUGCUGCCAUCCCUCCAAGUGUCAAGUAUGUCUUCCGUUGGUCUCAAGACCAUCCCGGCUUCUGUUGUGCACGUCAACUUCACCUCCUCUCUUACUGUGCUUGAUCUCUCCUAUAAUAAUUUCAACUCCACCUUACCCAAAUGGUUGUGGAAUAUUACUAGUCUUACCCAUCUUGAUCUCUAUAAUUCUGGAUUCCAUGGCGUUAUUCCUGAUGCAAUUGGAGACUUGGGCUCUCUUACUGUUCUUAAUCUAGGAGUCAAUCAACUCGAAGGGAAGUUAAGCGGUUGGCUGGAGCAAAUGACGAAUCUCAUCAUUUUGAAUCUCGGAUUUAAUUUAUUCAACGGUUCCAUCCCUUCUUCCGUUGGUAAGUUGUCUAAUCUCACUGAAUUGAAUCUCGGUGAAAAUUCUUUUGGAGGUGUUAUUUCACAAGUUCAUUUUGAGAAUCUUACGAGAUUGCGAGGGUUGGACUUGUAUGGCAACUCCAUCACCAUAUCAAUUGGCCAGAGUUGGAUCCCCCCUUUCCAACUCAGAUUAGUAGGUUUAACCAAUUGUCAGUUGGGACCUCAAUUUCCAGAAUGGUUACAGUUUCAAACACAGAUAGAAGAAUUAUUUUUGAAAGACUGUAAAAUUGCAGGGACAAUGCCUGCUUGGUUUUGGAAUAUUUCAUCUUCUACCAUUAUAGAUUUAGACCUUUCCAACAAUCAAAUAGGAGGGAAGCUGCCGUCUUCUUUAAAGUUCACCAAGUUGAAAAGAUUAUAUUUGGAUUCCAACAGAUUUGAAGGCUCGUUACCAACGAUGCUACCGUCCACACUGGAUAUUCUAUCUUUCUCCAAUAACUCCUUUACAGGGCAAUUGCCGAUAUGGCCCUAUGUUCAAUCAGUGGCACUCUCAGAUAACAUGCUUGAUGGUGGCUUAUCUUCGUCAAUCUGCCAAUGGACAUAUCUUAAAUUCCUUGACCUUUCGAACAAUAAAUUAUUUGGUGAGAUACCUUAUUGUCUGGGAAAAUCAUUACAAAAUCUUCAGUUCUUAGAUUUGAGCAACAACCACUUGUCGAGUGAAAUUCCAUACACGAUCGGGUUUUUAAGUGGGCUUUCACUUUUGCAACUGAAAAAUAACAGUUUUUCGGGUGAGGUUCCUUUGUCAUUGAAAAAUUGUACAAAUUUAUGGUGUCUUGAUCUGACUCAGAAUAAUCUUGUCGGAAGCAUAACGCUAUGGAUGGGAGAAAAUCUACAACAACUGGUAGUGCUUCGUUUACGUUCAAAUAUGUUUUCAGGAGUUAUUCCUUGGCAACUUGCUCGAUUUGAACGGCUUCAAAUAUUGGAUCUUGCGAAUAACAACUUCUCUGGUUCAAUACCUCACAACAUUGGUAAUUUAAAUAUUAUGAGAUCAACAUCACAACAUUAUGAAUUUUGUUCUAAUGAAUUAGAUAUCUUUACGAAGGGACAAGAUCUUCAUUAUUUAAAAUGCAGCAUGCAACUUAUGAAAAGUUUGGAUCUUUCAAAUAAUAGUCUAAUCGGAGAGAUCCCGAAAGGAAUUGGAGACCUUGCAAGACUCAAGAACUUAAAUUUGUCAAGAAAUUAUUUACAAGGAAAAAUCCCUUGGGAGAUAGGAGGAAUGAAAUCAUUAGAAUCCCUUGAUCUAUCGAUAAAUGAUCUUUAUGGUAGUAUUCCUGAGAGCUUAUCGGCUUUAUAUUUCUUGAGCUAUUUGAAUUUGUCAUAUAAUAAUCUUUCGGGAAUGAUACCAUCUGGUCGUCAACUUCAAACACUCAAUGAUCCAUCCAUUUACAUGGGUAAUGCCGACUUAUGUGGACCACCCACUUCCAAAAGUUGUUUUGAUAAUAAAACAACUCAAAUUGAUAUACAAGAGCACGAGAAGGAGAUUUCCGAUUGGCUAUGGUUCUAUAUUAGCAUGGUACUAGGAUUUGUGAUGGGAUUUUGGAUAUUUUGUGGUAUUCUCUUCCUCAAAGACGCAUGGAGGCAUGCUUAUUUCCAUUUCAUUGAUGAUGUGUAUGAUUGGGUUUGGGUGCAAUGGAAAUUAAUUCUUCCACGAUUGUUGAGACGUUAAUCCUAAAAUUUCUAGCGUGGAUGAUCCUAGGCUUUCCGGUAGAUGAGGAGAAGAAUUUUGUCAAAAAACCGACUCAAUGGGCCUAUUCCAGCUUCUUUGUGUGAUGGACAAUCAAAAGGAUUGCUUGAGUUGAGGUUUGUGCUGUAGUCUAACAUCCCAAAUCUUCCCACAAUUCCUUCUACCUAAUACUAAUAUCUUAUGAACUUUAUGUUCUGCAAAGAGUGGACAACAAUCCGGAUAUAUGUCUCUGUCAUAGUACAUGUCAAAUUGGCAGCGAAGGAAGGAAGCUUGCUACAGUCACCAUUGUGCUGAUCUCUGUCGUCCCAGUGCUGAUUAUACUGCUGCUCCUAUCAUUGCUUUUAUUCUUCUUGAGGAGAAGAAAAUAUACAACAAAAUUAUCACCGCCAAUUCAAGACGCUCUUGCUAUACCCGAAACCCAUAGAUUUACAUAUGAUGAAUCGAAGGCCAUCACCAACAAUUUUGAUCUUGUACUUGGAAAGGGGGGGUUUGGGAAUGUUUACUUACCAUGGUCGAUUGCAUGAUGGCACUGAAGCUGCAGUAAAACUUUUGCACUCACAUCGGAUGGUCAAAGGGACAUCAUCUGAGGAGUUUCAAGCCGAGGCUCUUCUCUUAUCGAGGGUCCAUCACAGGAACUUAGUGUCUUUGAUCGGGUACUGUAGAGACAGCAAUCAACUUGGACUUGUUUAUGAAUAUGCUGCUCGUGGAAGUCUUAGAGAUCAUCUUUCAGGUAAAAAAGAUGUUGAAUAGUAUUCUAUGAUCUGAGCUACUGCAUUCUUGGAGAAGAUUGUAUUCUUGGAGAAGAUUGUUUAUGAAGUUGCUUUACCCAAAAAUGUUGUAUCUUUCGACAGCAUGUUUCUCAUUCUAUACUAGAAUUUCUCUCUUGAUUUAUCAUACAUUAUCAUUGGAUUGAAUUAAUGCAAUUGAUAAGAUAUUAUCAUGUUA